AUGACUUCAGUUAAACAAUUCAUAGAAAGGAACUGGAAUUUUGUGAAGCUUCCAGACUUAUUCUACAAUGAUGAAGGGUACUUCAUCAUGCGAUUACACUCAUUCCAGGAGAAAGAAGCUGUGUUAUCUAAAGGGCCUUACACUAUACUGAAUAUGCCAAUGUUAAUCAGAGAUUGGUCGCCAGAUUUUAAUUUGAAGAGAGACAUUCUCAAAACUAUACCAAUUAGGGUCACUCUUCCUCAUCUACCUUUAUAUCUAUGGGGAGCCAGAAGUUUAGGGAGAAUUGGAAGUAUUUUGGGGACUCAAAUUGUUACUGACGAAUGCACUGCACAAAGGCUCAGAGUCUCAUAUGCUCGAAUUCUAAUAGAAGUUGAUAUCACCCAGGAGCUUCCUACAGAGAUUGUUAUCAAAGACACAGAAGGGAACAAGAUGACUCAAGUUUUGGAAUACGAAUGGAAGCCGAAGUUUUGUGGUAAAUGCAAGAAAUUCGGCCACAUUUGUGAUAAACCUCUAGUGAAGAAGGAGAAAGUAUGGAAACCAAAAUUUCCUCCUAAUCUGAACAGCAUUGAUGCAGCUGAAUCAAGUAAUAAGGGAGUGACUACUACCAAGGAUGAUGAUACUGACUGGACCAAAGUGCAGAGGAGUGGUAAGAAGCAGUGA